UAUAGGCCUAAGCCUAACCAACACCACGAACAAACUUCUGAGAACCUUCGCCAUCAGCCCAUGUGGCUGCUUUGGAAAAGUCUCACUAUUUCCACCGUAGGCCGAAGCCAAUCACAAACACUCCUCUAUUUUAUCCUCUUUUCAGUCUUCUGUGUUUUGUUGCUUGACCAACAAUCACCGCCAAAAGGAAAAAGAAAAGAAAAGUUUCCUCUUAAUUUUUUUUUUCCUUUUCAUUAUCUCAAUCUCGCUAGAAACCCCACAAUAUCAAAUCGAAUCAUGUAGUUAUCUCUUUUCUUGAUCGAAAAACGAAUUGGGUCUUUCUGGUUUUUUUGCUUUUUGGGUUUUCUUUUUCCCAUUUUUAAGAUUUGGGUUUGUUAACUCUGACAGCAGUGAGUGAUCAUCGAUGACGGUGACGGCGGCUUCCUGUUUGCGUCGUGACGAAGGGAAUGAUAAGGUGUGGCCACCAGGGUUUAGAUUCCACCCAACGGAUGAGGAGCUUGUUCUUUAUUACUUGAAGAGGAAAAUCUGUAGGAGACGGCUACGGGUCGAUGUCAUCCGCGAGGUUGAUGUCUACAAGUGGGAUCCUGAAGAAUUACCUGGGCAAUCCAUAUGGAAGACAGGGGAUAGGCAAUGGUUCUUCUUCAGUCCAAGGGAUAGGAAGUAUCCUAAUGGAGCAAGGUCAAAUAGGGCGACCAGACAAGGGUAUUGGAAGGCUACAGGAAAAGACCGGAAUAUCACUUACAAUUCAAGGAAUGCUGGAGUGAAGAAGACCCUAGUUUUCUAUAGAGGCCGGGCUCCUAAUGGUGAGAGAACUGACUGGGUGAUGCAUGAAUACACUUUGGAUGAAGAGGAACUCAAAAGAUGCCAAAAUGUCCAGGAUUAUUAUGCACUCUACAAGGUUUACAAGAAAAGUGGAUCUGGUCCUAAGAAUGGUGAGCAGUAUGGAGCACCAUUUAAGGAAGAAGACUGGGCUGACGAUGAUUAUGCUGUUGUGAAUAACUCUGAUACUCCUGUUAAGCAGCCUAAUGCAGUCAUUCCAUCUGUUGAUACCAUAAAGACUGUUGCUCAGAUGGAGCAACCAUUAAAUGAUUUUGAUCUUGAGGACUUCAUGAAACAAAUUGCUGAUGAACAUCCACUUUACCAGGCCCAAAUUAGUGAUUAUGAUUAUACUAGUGGGCUAGUACAGGUUGCUGGUGAAGAUGAGACCCAAAGUACAUUGGUAGAUCCAUCCUUGAGAGAAGUUAUCUUUCCUGAGCCAAUCUCUCUUUCGCCUACAAGUGUCCAGCAGGAAAGCUUGGACGUCAACGGGUCAGCUACCGCUGCAUUUCAGUCACUUGAGGUACCCAAAGUCGCAUCUGGUCCGCAUAGCUCUGCUGGGGCACUGCAACUUUGUGAAGAUGAUUUCCUGGAAAUGGAUGAUCUCAUUGGUCCAGAACCUACUUCCUUGAACACUGAGAAGGCUGCAGAGAACUUGGGGUUUGACAAUUUUGGACUUAGCGAGCUUGAUCUGUACCAUGAUGCUGACCUGUUUUUGAGUGAAAUUGGGCCUGUUGCUCAAGACACAGUUUCACAUGUAAACGGAGUUGGUUACCCGUUGCAGUUCCAUUCAAUGGCAAAUCAGGUGGACUACCAAUUGCAGCCACAUUCAGCAGUAAAUGAUGUGGAUUACUUGCAGCCACAAGCAUUUGGUGCAGCUCAGCUAUGGGUGGAUGAUCAGAGAAGCAAUGCCCAUGCUACUUCAGAAACAAUUCAUGGGACUCUUUCUCAACCAACUCCAGGUGUCGCAUAUGAAUCUUCCAAUGCUCCUACUGGAGCUAAUGAGAAUCAAAGUGGUGGAGAGGAUGGUGGUGCUACUGGUUGGUUCUCCUCUGCUUUGUGGGAAUUUUUGGAGUCAAUACCUACUACUCCUGCAUCAGCUGCCGAGACUCCUUUGGUGAAUAAGGCUUUUGAGCGAAUGUCUAGCUUCAGCAGGAUCAGACUGAAUAUCAAAAAUAACAAUAUCAAUACUGAUAAUCUUGUUGGUAGUAAUCAAACUGCAAAUUCAACUAAAGUUGGAACUAGUAGGGGUAUUCUUUUCUUAUCUAUUCUUGGAGCAUUAUGUGCCAUCUUGUGGUUUUUGGUUGGAGCUAGAGUGUUGGGGAGAGCUAUCUUCUUCUGAAACUAUGUAUAUGGGAACUUUUUGUUCUUAUGGAGCACAUGUGUAGGGGACUUGAGAAUAGAAGCUAAAUCCAUUGUUUAGUUUCAAGGAUUCCAAUUUGCAAACAUAAAUUUUGAAAUGUAAAGGCGAAGUUUUAGCCGAUAGGGGGAGGGGUGGUGGGGGAGGGAGUGCUUCAGAUAGCAAUAGGAGGCUCAGUAUUUCUCUUAUAUAUUAUGUCUGACCUGAUAUUCCAUUACUUAUUGGAAGGUUCUUCUGUACAGUAGUCCUUGCUAGCUACGGUUCGCCUGGGCUGGCGUUGGGUGGAUCUAUGUUUUAAAUAGAUUGAGCUCAGGUUCUAGUGUCUCUUGGUUGUGUACGUAUGAAAAAGGGAGGGUGUUAAAGAGUUCUGGUGGUUUCUUCAUGAUUAUAUCAUAAUUAAAAUUUUCGACUGAUGGCUUUAA